GCUCGCCCCUCCUCCCCACGUCAAUGACCGACCUCCACUCAAGAGGCGCCCGACCCCGGAUUCCUUUACCUCAAAAGCCGCUCGGACAAAAUAUCACGGGAACGGAAAUGAUCACGCCUCGCCUUUGAUGGCCCCGGCGCUGCCGGCGGGUAACUGUUGUCGGCGUUUGUUUAAAGGCGAGGGGCCGCAGACGCCCGUGUCCCUGACCUAGAGAGAGAGAGACAGACGCCUUCGCGCAGGACUUCCCCUUUAAAGGGGUCACGUGAGCGAAUGGGCGGGCGGAAGUGACGCGCGGCAGGAUGGUGGUCGGCGCCUUCCCUAUCGCCAAGCUGCUGAUGCUCGGGAUCCGGCAGCUCAGCAAACCGCUCGCCAACCGCCUGAAGGCCGGCGCCGUGAGGAGCGAGUUCUUCAAGAGCUACGUCUGCCUGCCGCCCGCGCAGCUGUAUCACUGGAUUGAGAUGAGGACCAAGAUGCGGAUGAUGGGGUUUAAAGGGGCGCAGAUCCGGCCCCUGAACGAGGAGGCGGCGGCGGAGCUGGGGUCCGAGCUGCUGGGAGAGGCCAUCGUGUUUGUGGUGGGGGGCGUCUGUCUGGUGGCCGAGUACAUGCGCCAGGCCUCCAACACCAGGAAGAAGGAGGAGGAGUUGAGCAGCACAUUGCACAGCCUGGAGCAGGGCAUCGCUGAGCUCAGCCUGACUAUAGAGCAACUGGACACUCGCAUACGAGAGAAUAACCGGCUCGUGCUUUCCAUCCCUCGGCCGGCACAGUAGCCGGCCCUCGGCCAAAGCAUCGCCUCCAGGUUAGCCAUCGGAGGAGGAGACCGACUUCAUCAUAGGAUCGGACAAGUGGGCGGCAGUGGGGUGCUGUGUGUGUGUGUGUGUGUGGGGUGGGGAGGGGA